AUGUGGGACCCUCCGGGUGCUGAGGCGUGCUUGGCGGCGCUCGGAGCCUUGUUCUUAUUGCUGUUCUUCGCGUUUGGGAUCCGCCAGCUGCUGAAGCAGAGGCGGCCCAGUGGCUUCCCUCCCGGGCCGUCGGGGCUGCCAUUUAUAGGCAACAUCUACUCACUGGCCGCCUCGGGCGAGCUGCCCCACGUCUACAUGAGAAAGCAGAGCCAGGUGUACGGCGAGAUCUUCAGUUUAGAUCUUGGAGGAAUAUCAACUGUGGUUUUAAAUGGCUAUGAUGUAAUAAAAGAAUGUCUUGUUCAUCAAAGUGAGAUUUUUGCAGACAGACCAUGUCUUCCUUUAUUCAUGAAGAUGACAAAAAUGGGAGGCUUACUCAAUUCCAGAUAUGGUCGAGGAUGGAUUGAUCACAGAAGAUUAGCCGUAAAUAGCUUUCGCUAUUUUGGAUAUGGCCAAAAGUCUUUUGAAUCUAAAAUUUUAGAAGAAACCAAAUUUUUUAUUGAUGUUAUUGAAACAUACAAAGGUAGACCUUUUGACUUGAAACAAUUAAUAACAAAUGCUGUUUCAAACAUAACCAAUCUGAUCAUUUUUGGAGAGCGAUUCACUUAUGAAGACACUGAUUUUCAGCACAUGAUUGAGUUAUUUAGUGAAAAUGUGGAACUAGCUGCCAGUGCUUCCGUCUUCUUGUAUAAUGCCUUUCCAUGGAUUGGCAUCUUACCUUUUGGAAAACAUCAACAGCUAUUUAGAAAUGCAGCUGUGGUCUAUGAUUUUCUCUCCAGGCUUAUUGAAAAAGCUUCCAUCAACAGAAAACCGCAGUUACCUCAGCAUUUCGUUGAUGCUUAUUUAGAUGAGAUGGAGCAAGGUAAAAAUGACCUGUCAUCUACUUUCUCCAAAGAAAAUCUUAUUUUUUCUGUGGGUGAACUCAUCAUUGCUGGAACUGAAACUACCACCAAUGUGCUACGGUGGGCAGUUCUUUUCAUGGCCCUUUAUCCUAACAUUCAAGGACAAGUUCAGAAAGAGAUUGAUUUAAUUAUGGGACCCACUGGGAAGCCUUCUUGGGAUGACAAAUGCAAAAUGCCUUAUACUGAGGCAGUUUUGCAUGAAGUUUUAAGAUUCUGUAAUAUAGUGCCAUUAGGGAUUUUCCACGCAACCUCUGAAGACACAGUUGUACGUGGUUAUUCCAUUCCUAAAGGCACGACAGUAAUUACCAAUCUUUAUUCUGUACACUUUGAUGAAAAGUACUGGAGAAACCCAGAAAUAUUCUAUCCUGAGCGUUUUCUGGACAGCAGUGGAUAUUUUGCCAAGAAGGAAGCUUUGGUUCCUUUUUCCCUAGGGAGAAGACACUGUCUUGGAGAACAGCUGGCUCGGAUGGAAAUGUUCCUGUUUUUUACAACAUUGCUUCAGAGGUUUCACCUGCAUUUUCCACAUGAACUGGUUCCAGAUCUGAAGCCCAGAUUAGGCAUGACAUUGCAACCCCAGCCCUACCUCAUCUGUGCAGAAAGGCGCUGAAA